GACGAUUCGUAAGGAGGCCCCUGGUGCGGUGCCCUCUUGCUCUCCCUUCUGCGCGCCCUUCCCGUACUUAAGUUGAGUCCAGAGCGUGGUCCGUCCCCGUCUACCUGGCUGACUUUCUGCAGAGGUGCCUGCCGUUGACCCAGUAGUUGGCUGUCGAAAGUGCCGGCCCCCGCGCCGGCGCCGGCAGUAGCCGGGUGGGAAGGCUCAAGAUGGCGUGCCUGCUGGAGACCCCAAUCCGCAUGAGCGUCCUCUCGGAAGUAACAGCUAGCAGUCGCCACUAUGUUGACAGGCUAUUUGACCCUGAUCCCCAGAAAGUUCUACAAGGUGUCAUAGACAUGAAAAAUGCCGUAAUUGGAAACAACAAGCAGAAAGCCAACCUCAUUGUUUUGGGAGCUGUUCCAAGGUUGUUGUACUUGCUUCAGCAAGAAACCUCAACCACAGAGUUGAAAACUGAAUGUGCAGUGGUGUUGGGAAGUCUUGCUAUGGGUACUGAGAACAAUGUCAAGUCUCUCCUGGACUGCCAUAUAAUCCCUGCCUUACUGCAAGGACUACUGUCCCCAGACCUGAAGUUCAUUGAAGCUUGCCUCCGAUGCUUGCGUACCAUCUUCACCAGUCCUGUCACUCCAGAGGAGCUACUGUAUACAGACGCCACAGUGAUACCACAUCUCAUGGCACUGCUUAGCAGGUCCCGCUAUACCCAGGAAUACAUCUGUCAGAUCUUCUCACACUGCUGUAAA